AUGGAUAACAAGAUGAUAAUGCAUGGCAUUGUGGAAUUUCUUGAGGAUAUCUGUGAAUACAAGGGAAUCAUGUUUGAUUAUGGAGCAGAUGUAGCAACUGGAAAGCAGGAUUUUAACCAGGGCAUGCUUCAGAGUAAGAUCAGAAUUAGUUAUUUAUUGAGUUUAUCCGAAAAAGCAUCAAAAUCAAAGCAUGAUUGGUAA